AUUCCAGCCACUAUCACAAGAAUUCUACUGAAUCAUUUCAAAUGGGACAAAGAGAAAUUGAUGGAAAGAUUUUACAGCGAGGACCAAGACCAACUCUUCAAUGAAGCUCAUGUUGUCAGUCCCUACAAAAAGCAACCUGUCAGACACACUUCAAGGGUGGCUACACGAUCUUCAGGUCCUGUUCUAGAACCUUGUGAAAUCUGCUGUAGGAAUGUUUUAAGCACAAUGAUGACAGGCUUAGAAUGUGGGCAUAGAUUCUGCAUGGACUGCUGGACAGAAUACCUGACUACCAAGAUCAUGGAAGAAGGAAUGGGCCAGACGAUAUCCUGUGCUGCUCACAGUUGUGACAUCCUUGUAGAUGACUAUACAGUUAUGAAGCUAGUCAAAGAUGCCAAGGUGAAGUUAAAAUACCAGCACUUGAUCACCAACAGCUUUGUAGAGUGCAAUCGUCUAAUGCGAUGGUGUCCGGCACCAGACUGCCCUAAUGCAUUCAGAGCCAGUCAUCUAGAGGUCCGGCCCGUGACAUGCACCUGCGGUCACAUAUGCUGUUUUGUCUGUGGUGAAAACUGGCAUGACCCUGUCAAAUGCAAGUGGCUGAGGAAAUGGAUCAAAAAAUGCGACGACGACAGCGAAACCUCCAACUGGAUAUCAGCAAACACAAAAGAGUGUCCAAAGUGUCAUGUGACCAUCGAGAAGGACGGAGGAUGUAACCAUAUGGUGUGUCGUAACCAAAACUGUAAGGCUGAUUUCUGUUGGGUUUGUCUUGGUCCCUGGGAGCCACAUGGGUCAUCAUGGUACAACUGUAACAGAUAUGAUGAGGAGGAUGCUAAAAAAGCAAGGGACGCUCAAGCGAGGUCAAGGCAGGCCUUGGAACGAUACUUAUUCUAUUGUAAUCGUUAUAUGAACCACAUGCAGAGUUUACGCUUUGAGAACAAGCUGUACUCUCAAAUUAUGAAGAAGAUGGAAGACAUGCAGCAGCAUAACAUGUCUUGGAUUGAGGUACAAUUCCUCAAGAAGGCCGUAGAUGUUCUCUGCCAGUGCCGAUCUACCCUUAUGUAUACAUAUGUAUUCGCCUUCUAUCUCAAGAAGAACAACCAGUCACUCAUUUUUGAGGAAAAUCAGAAAGAUUUAGAGAAUGCAACUGAGACGCUGUCUGAGUAUCUGGAAAGAGACAUUAGCAGUGACUCAUUGGCUGAUAUCAAACAGAAGGUACAAGAUAAAACAAGGUACUGUGAAAGUAGACGCAAGGUCCUACUAGAACAUGUCCAUGAAGGCUAUGAAAAGGAUCUUUGGGAAUACUAUGAGUAGUCAGCCUACACAAAGCUCUUCCAACAUCUACCAAACCCUCCCUCCCCCUUUUGGUUAACCCUAGUGACUGUACUUACCCCUUGCCACUGGGACACAAUUGAGUGACAGGUGAAACUUGUUCUUACUAGAGUUAUAUCAAGUGAAUCUCACAAAUGAUGGAAUGGGACUACUGCAAUUGAAAAUGGCUGUAAAUUAACCAUAUCAUCACUGUCGAUUAUUGAAUUGUCAGGUCUGUGUCAAAUUUAUAAGAGACAUAGUGCAGUUGUGGAUCACUGCCUUUAUUGCAAAUCAAAAAUUGCAAGGUGGAAGGUUAUGUUUGAUGGAGAUGUUGGUAAACACCUUGCAGAUGGAUUCCAUUUAAAAAUGGAUCCUUGGAAAGUCAAAGACAAAGAGCAACAUAGACCAAAGUGAAAGAGAGUUGCAGAGACUAUACCGUUGCUGUUAUUGAUCCGUGUUGGUUAACUGUCUCGAUUAUGAUCAAGACAAGACUGGGUUACACACUGUGGUUUCUUAGAUAGCUUCUACCAUAAUAUGAAACACGAGUUAUGUUGCACCUGCUCUGUAUGUGGAACCUUCCUUGUAGAAGGAACUUAUACACUGAGUUAUGAUUCUGCACUGAAAAGAAUAUUGGAAAUUGAUGGCAGCGUUUUUCCAGAUAGCAUUGAACCAACUUGAAAGUGAUGGGAAACUGGGAACACACUACUCUCAAAAUAGAAAUGACAUCAACAUAUAUCAAGGUUUCAUUUGGAAAUCAUGAUGUUUUAUCUUUCAAGGUUUCCACUGUCUCUCAUUCUGUAAAAAUUAGAAAAAGCUGUUCACUGUGGGAUGAGUAAAUGCUCUCACUACAAAGUAUUAACAGUUUUGAUACCCACCUCACAAUAUACAUGUAAAUGAUACGAGAAUGAAUCCAUGUAUGUACCGUGUCGAUGAGAAAAGACAAUGGUUUACUCUUAAUUGCAGUUAAAUGAUUUGAAAAUUGUUGAAUCAUUCUUAAUAAAUUUCAGCCUUUGGAAUUAUAGCUACUGCACUUUACUUGUUGCUGCAUAUUAGCCUCUCUGGGUGUUUUUUUUUAGUUGUUCAUUUUUCUUCUUUACUUUUCUGUCACAUUAAGCAAAUUCCUUUAAUAACAACUAACAUGACAUGUAAAGCGUCCUGUUGCAAGAAAAGGAGCAAUUACCAUCUUCAUUAUCCUUGCUAUUAAAAAACUUAGCGUGAGAUGAUUGUUCUGUUUUGAUGUUUUUCCUCGGUGAACCAGUUUUCCUGUGGUUUCUAUUGAUGUCUCGAGCUCUAACAGUGUGACAUCAGUCCGAGUCUUGGGUUGUGUGAUGACUUACUAUCACAUGGCGAAGCACGUGAUGUUCGAAUCACGUGAUACUGGUGGAAAUUUGUAAGCACUGUUUUCACAGUAAUGUCCCUCUUCUCUGGAAUGCGACGAACAGUUGGUGUAUCUUUUUUGUGAAUGCUAACAGAUUUUGUUGGCAAUGUGAUGAGUGAUUUAAGACAAAACAUGAAGACAUGUAUGUAAAAAUUGGAAGAACAUGCAGUUGACAAAACAAAAACACAAAAAUAUACAAAUCCUGCGCAGCUAGUGCUGCCUUGUACUUCAGCUCACUUCCCUGAUCAAGGAAUCUCUGCCAUGGCUGCUUGAAUCUAGCGAUUUUAGUGAUUUCUUGCUUAGCUUUUUGUAAUUUUGUAAUAAGUAUGGGGUAUGCUGUCAAAGCUAUAAAGAAAUAUUGAUGUGAAGCCAACAUGUGAGCAUUGAUUUUGGAGGAAUGGGAUGGUGAGGGAAUGGAAAAUACCGUUUAGAUUGUUGUAAGGAAAAUUGCAUCAGUGAAAAGGAGAUGCUUUAUCAGAGGGUGAUUGCCACUUCCAACGUAUAAACCAAACCGACACUGAGCAAAAACCAACAGCAGAGAAUAAAGUAAGCUGAUCCCAACGUAAUCAACAAUGCACUUGUCAGCAAAGAGCGUGUGGUUCCCUGAUUUCAACAUGACAAACCUUGGGGAUGACACAAAAACCAGGUCAUUCAGCUUUUUUAAAUCUUACAUUCAACUAAAUUAAUUGGGGGGUAAUCGAGAUAAAUGUCCCAGUGUUCCCAAACCGCCAAGCCAGCGAUAGAGUUGAAGAUGCACCAAUAGAAAUCAUGCCCUCCUGGCAUUGACAAGUACAUGCACACGUACAUGUAUUAUGGAGCGGGGACCUGCAGUUUCUUUUUUGGUAUUGCUAUGGCAGGAAGUUUCUAAUUAGGACCACAGACUUUGUGUUCUCUCUUGGUAGAAGGGAAUUUGUUUGUCGAAUUUAUAAUCAAACAGUUGUCACAGCGUAGAAGGGAAUUUGUUUAUCGAGUUUGACAAGUUCAUAAACUUCCCGUCGUGCGCUAUUCUGCCUCCCAAACUGCAGUUGAAUUAAAGAUUUCUCACAAGUAAUAAAUUGAUCAACUCCUUAUUGAUCCGAUUUGAUGAAGUUUUUUUUUACAUGUAGAUGUCUGAAAUAACUUUUGUAAUUUUUUUUUAUCAUUUGAUGUGGCCUGGUUUGUUUUACAGUUAUUGUAAAGUUAACAUUUUCAGCUGUGGCAUUGUUUGAUUAAUACGCAUUCUUGAAGAACACGAUUACAUGUCCCAGGUCAUAAGCUAAUGCCGCGGUGUGAAGGGUAUCUCAUCUUUACUCCAAUAAACUGGUUAGUUUUAAUACAUACUCGCUUAUUCUACAUGUUAUUCAAUAAAAAAGACAGCAGUGACGGAGUAGAACA